GUAAAUGGCGUUCUAUAUGAAUAAGUGAUCAGCUCUCAACAAUUUGACGCAUUUAGUGGUGGUCAACUUCACGAGUAUUACGAGACCAUCGAGAGAAAGAAAUAGUUUUAUCCACCAUGGCAGAUAAUCUUCUUCCCCAAGGAGAUGACGUAGCUCAGCAAUCACAUAAUAGCUUUGGACCACUUUCCGAGCUUCGUGGAAAUAUUGCUACGAUCACAUCAGCUAUCGUGGUUGUGGUUAGUGGCACGAUGCUUUUGUUCGCAGCGAAGGAUAAAAAAAAGAGAGAAGGGAUUGAUUUCCUGGUGUUUACAACAGCCUUGCUUAUCUUGGGUGUCGUUCUCGGAGAAAUAGUACGAAGGUUGUGCCUUGUGUCCGAAGAGAUUAAACACAAGCACGAGAGAUAUCGAGGAAACUGGAAGGAUAUUUGCAAGAGGACUUUAACUUUCAAUAAUUCCGGUAGUAUUUUAGUCGUUGCCAUCGCUCUGUUCCUUGUUGGCAGUCGACAGCUCUCUCCCGUAGAGACAUCGGAUUUGAACGAAAAAGAAAACAAGAAUGUGGCUGAUGGGCUGGCUUGGAGCUACUACUUUGGGUAUCUCAAGCUGGUGCUGCCAAGAUUGGGAUAUCGUAUUUCCGAAUCGGACACAUUUCGUCAUAAGAUUACAGACGAAAAGCUUUUCAUUUUACUUCCAAAAACGUGCUAUGCAUUUGAAGAAAUAUCCAAAGCAGAUGACAGGGUAAAAUGGGCCGGCAAACUUCCCGCGAGUAAAAUUAACAGGGCUGGAAUUUUGGAGAGAAGUUACCAGCAUGCGGUACACCACAUAGAGAUGCCCCGCCCAGAUGGAACAGUGGAAGAGUACCACUUUGUCUUGGAGUACGCUACGCCUCUUAUGUCCCUGUGCGAAAUGUCUGGUCAUGCAAAGGCCCCUUUGACUGGUCCAGAGCGGGAUCAACAGGUGGUGUUAUUCAUCCAUAAGCUGAGGGAAAUUUUGGAUGACGCUGAGGAAUGCAGAGGAAAGUAUGAAUUGGUUCCAAUUUCAGGAAAUGACACAAACAAGAUUGCGGAUGUCCUUGUGGGAAUGCACAGUGCAACCAACAUAGAUUAAGAAGGGGAGACCGAUGAGCAAACUAGGCAAUAGAGCAGAUAUGUGCCUGCUGCUCCACAGCAACAGUAUGGACAACAAAGGAACUCUUGUUAUACAUUGCACAUGUAUAGAGCUGUGUUUCUGAGUGUUAAGAAACACAGUGUCAGACCCUGAGAGGCCAAAAAUUGAUUAUUUGUACUCUUAAGCUAGAAAGCAAGCAUCCUAAUGUAACUUAAUAUGUGCUCCAGUCCUUUCCUGGGCUUGAUAGCUCAAGGCUUUGAGUUGUUUUGAAUUCUUUAACCUCUGACAUCUUGCAGAUUUAUGUUGAUUGUGUUUUGAAAACAUUCAAAGGAACAGCCUUUAAUUUGUGUAUGUAGAGAAGUUUAUAGCUUAAUUUAAUUUACUCUUCCCAGUGUUGCCUAGCAGAUGACACAGUUUGUAGUGAGCCCUUUAUAGGAUAGUAAAGUAAACAUGAUUAGAGGUUUAUAAAACAUGCUGAAUAGUUUAGUUUUUCUCAUUUUUCAUUUGUCUUGCUUUGUUCUGUGAAAUACUUGAACUGAUGAUUGUUGUGCUCUUAUUCUGUAAACAUAUUAAUUAUCCCUUUACAUCUUUAUAUCAGUAUGCAUAUUCUUCAUACUGUUGUUAAUUAAACUUUUCCUUUGGUACUGACAAGGAGAAUCUUUGUUUCAAUCACAGCUUUUUAGUUUGGCAAUCAUUUCCUUUACUUCCAUGGUCUUUCUAAUAAAUAUAUCAGUGGUACUACUCUAAGGAGAAAUUAGAUACUUGUCACUCUAGGAUCUAACAGGUUAAAAAAAUAAAA